CUGCAGCCCCCGAGGCUCCGCCCUCAGCCCCUCCCCAGCUCAAGACAGAGGGGCUUAGGCUGUAAGGGCACUUAGAGCUCGCCUAGUGUAACCACGUCAUUUUACAUUGGGGAGGCGGGCGAGGACGGGAGCAGGGUCGCACAGUAUGAGAGCCAGGAACCGAACCCCGGGCUCCGCAGCCCUCGACCCUGCCCCGGCCUAGUAAAAGGACACGCCACCUCCGACCCUCCAUCGUCACGGAACCCCCCCUCCUCUAGCAGCGGGCCCGAGUCCCCGCCCCGGUUCUACCAAAACCAGGAGGGGGGGGGAGACGGGACCCUCCGGGGGUCUCGGAUGAGCCGCUCCUGCCGCCGCUCCCCCCCCGCACAUCGGCCGGGAUGGUCCGGCCCACCGCGCAGGCGCCCUGAGGCCCGCCCUCCAGCAGCUCCGCGUUGCCCCCCGCCCGCAGCCGCAGCCGUCGCCGUCGAAGCUCGCUCUGCGCAGGCGCCGAGGCCCUGCGUGCUGCCGCCGCCGACCGGAGCGAGCGGAGCGAGGUCGCCAGCGGUGUGUUGGUGUUGAGGCCAGGGCCGCUGCACAGAAGAGGCCCUGCUGUGGAAAGCUGGCAGGGGGGGGCACCCCAUCUUGCCGUCGCUAUCUCCGCUGGACGUCCCCCCCUCCUAAGAGCCUCCCCUGGCCAUGACGGAGACCCGGGAGACCGCUGAGACUGGGGGCUAUGCCAGCUUGGAGGAGGAUGAGGAGGAGCUGUCCCCAGGUCCAGAGCACCCCUCUGAUUCGGACUAUACCCUCUCAGAGCCUGACUCUGAUGAGGAUGAAGAAGAGGAGGAGGAAGAAGAGGAAACAACAGAUGAUCCAGAAUAUGAUCCUGGCUACAAGGUGAAGCAACGCCUGGGUGGGGGGCGAGGGGCACCCUCUCGGAGGGCCCCUAGGGCUGCCCCGCCCCCAGGGCCCCCACCCCAGCCCUGUACCCUGUGUGGCCGCCCACCCCCGGGGGAGGGUGCCGCAGCCCCUGGGGGCCCACCCUGUCGGCUCUGCCGCCCAGCUGCCCCCCAGGCAACACCCUCUGCCCGCACUGCUGCUCAGCGCCAGGUGGGUGAGGAGGAUGAAGAAGAGGAUGAGGAUGAAGGGGCCACCUCCACUGGAGGUGAUGGGCCCCCUGGGGAUGAGGGGGGUGCUUACCACUGCACAGAGUGUGAGGAUUCAUUCGACGACCUUGGGGAGCUGCAUGGCCACUUCAUGCUGCAUGCCCGAGGGGAGGUGUGAGGCUGACCCCUCCUUAGAGGAUGGGUGUAGGGCUGAGAGAGGGGAUCACUGGGGGAUGUGGGGCUGCCAAUCAAGUCUUUGUCUUCUGGACAGUAGCUGUGUUAGGGUUCGAAUAAAGGCAGAUUUCUGUGUGUGA